AUGUCUUCUAGGCAAACCACGGAUCCGGCUGUGCGUUCCGUUGUUGUCACGGGGAAUUUCGAUAAUUGGUCCCAAUCCAGUGAUCCCUUACUUAAGAAGGACGAUGGCCGUUUUGAAGGGGUGAUCCAAUUUAAGAAGAAGGAAAAGUUGACCUUUAAGUUUGUUGUUAAUGGAUCUGAUUGGGUGAUUAAUCCUGACUACAGUACUGAAUGGGAUAAUGGUAUUGAAAACAAUGUUAUUGACGAGUCAGAUUUAACUGUGGUUGAACCUUUUGAAGAACUGCCAUCAGCAGCAGCUAAAAUUGAGCCAGAAGUCGUACCACCUGUAACUGAACAUAUCCCAGUUCAACAUCAAGAAGAGCAUGAUGACGACGAUGAAGAUCUUCUCAUCUCAACUCAUACCGAUAAGGACACAGAAUUGAGUCAAGUAUCAUCAUAUUCUGCAGUUUCUAUUCCUGCUUCAACCCUGGAAUUUGUUGCUGUUACUCCUGCUGUGACUGAAGAAGCAGUUAUACUUGAAGAUAGUAUUGAUAUUGAUGAUGACGGGAAUGCUACUCCUAUUCGUUCAUUAUCCAAUUCAGGAAUAGUUUCUGGUGCACCCGCUACACCUACAUCACCUGUGGAUGAAGACUAUGAUGAUGAUGUUGAAGAAGUAGGCAAUGAUUCUAAUUCAGAAGUGCUUCCCAAAUCAAAAGAAAGCAAUACCAGUGGGAAAUCACCUUCGAUCCUUAAUUCCAUCAAUGGUAACUCUCACAAGAAUCAAUCUGCAUUGAAACCUGUUGAUAUUUUAAAGGCUCCCGGUGCUUUCCCAUCUUCUCCAGCAUCACUGGCAGGAGGUGAUACUGCUACUGCUACCGCCUCUUCUACUACUACGACUGGUAAAGCUUCAACUAAACGUGAUGGCUUUAUGGGCCGUUUCAAAUCAUUGUUCAGAUAUUAA